AUGAACAACAUAAAUUAUGGCAAUCAAGGCCCUGGCGGUCAAAUGCAUCCACAACACUACGUUCAAGGUGGCCAGCCAAAUCGUAUGGGCAUGCAGCAAGGAAAUCGUAUGGUAUGUUUGAUGCUAUAUUUUAAAUACUUAAGCUCGGAAAUGUUUUGAACUUUUUCUUUUUUGUACACUUCCAAGUUCUCGAGGUUUUAAACUUAAAUUCCAAUUUCAAAGUUAAAAUACGGAAUUGACAGAUUAUGCUCUACAAAAACGAAUUACUUUCAGAUGACAAAUCAGCAAAUGCAAUCCCAGAACAUGGUGCACAUGCAAAGGUACCCGAAUCAACAAGGACAGCCGGCUCCACAUCCGAUGAAUCAACUGACUCCACAGCAACGUUACUUGUUCAAUGUCUUGGCACACAAUCUGAACGGAGAGUUUAAGCUACGCUUUGAUGCGGCUAAAGAUAGCUCGGAGAAGUUCAAAAUUCUUACUGAGUUCAAGAAUUCUGUAAGUUAAUGUUAUUUUUACAGUUUUAUUGACAAAAAUAAUGCUUAAAAUACAUCAAAAAAGAAAACUGUUGAAGUAAUUAGUAUAUAGAUGAUCAUACACGACUUUAAAAUAUUAAAACGGAGUAUUUUCAGCUAAGUUCUCAAAGUCUGAGCCAAAUGAUGCAUAAUCACCAACGGCAGGCGGCGCAGAACCAAAUGCAUCAACAAGUUCAGCGACAAGGUUCAUUUCAAAUGGGACAGCAAGGACAGUUCCCUCAGCAAGGCCAGCAACAUGAGCAGUUCCAACAGAUGAGGUCACAGCAGUUUAUGGGACAACCAGCCCUGGGGCAAGAACAAAAAGUAAGUUAUUGUUAAUUCUUUUGACAAUUUAGGUAAAACCUCAAAAUUUAGAAUUACGAAUCAAUUAUCGUUCAAUUAUGUUAUUAAUGUCUGUUGCGUGCAUUAGUAUUCUUUAUAAAGCCAUGUGUCUCAAGAAAGUUACUCAUUACUAUAUUAUCUUUAACUUUAUAUGUUAUCGUUGGUCUAUUAUCGUAUUUACUUCAUAUUUUUAGCCCCAAAUUGGGCAACAGAAUUCGCCUCAAGUUGUUCAACGUCCAGGAUCGGUGAAAGCCGUUGUUCAACCAUCGCCUCAAUUCGCAGGCCAAUAUCAACAAAGUGGGCCGUCUGUGAAUGGCCCUGGCACUCCACAGCAAGCCACUCAGAUUAAGAACCAUAGUCCUAUGCCCCCAGGACAACAAAUUGGGCAGAUCAAAACUAUUCAGAGACCAGGAGGUCCACCAUCAGUUAAUCAAGGCCGACCGAUGCAGUACGCACCAUCUCCAGGUACAGUGAUUGGGUCAGGAGUUCAGAAUCAGAGCUCUCAGCCGAAUGCUGGUCAACAGCCACCUAGUGUACAAAGUCAACGAGCUGGCACACCGAACACUCAAAGGAGAGCAGGUAAAUUAUUACUGUUGAAUAUGAAUUUUAAUUAUGUAACCCUUCUUUAUAAAGGAUUAUCGUUACGUAUGAAUAACUUUUAAUGUUCAGGUCAAACCCCAACCCCGGCUGACAAGGACCAGCCGGAGUACAAGGCCGUACUGGAUGAGCUAAAGUCUAUGCGGCCUCAGAUAACGGUACUUCUGGAGCGAGUAAAGCUGGACCGUCACCAUAACCUGGAGAACUCUCUAGUCAAAGUGAUCGAAGUAAUGGAUGGACGUAAAGACGUUGACAUAAAACUGAUGCAAAGACUUUUGGGAAAUGUGAAGCAUUCGAUCAAUGUACAUAAGCCGACUAGAGCGUUGAUCGACUUUGUCAGUAGGAUAAACAAGGUACCAGCGGAGUUGGAAUCCAACUAUUUGCCUGACAAAUGGGAUCCCAUGGAUAAGUACAAGAUCAGGGUACCACAAAGAAUGAGGGAUUCGAUCAAACAGGCGAUGGAAGAAGAUCGGCUACGGAGGAAACGGAAGGCUCCUACGAUGACUGAAGUUAAGGUGGAGAAUGACGAUCAAGGGGCCGUGUACGAGCUGAAGUCACACACUCCUAAAGCUGCUAAAAUCCGAGUGAAACGAGCAAUGUUUGAAGAGUUAGAGAAGUACAACUACUAUGUCGAUCCUGAUUUCCUUCCAGUUACUGACAAUUCUAGUUAUGUUCAAGUGAUUGUCGAUUUUAAACCGGUAAGUUAGGCAUAUUAACUUGUUCAGUAGACAUAAUUAUUUUAUGCUUUCAAAUUAUGAAAGUUUGAAUAGCCUUACUGAAAACAUCUAUCAAAACUCAUUUUCUUGCUUCAGAAAGAAAUGAACAAACUAGACUAUGCCGUCCCUCCACUCCGUCUACUGAUACCACGCGAUUACCCCGCUCAACCAGUUCAACUGGGACAGUUGGUACCUUUUAAAGCUGACAUCCAAAGUCCGGUUACAGUAAAAGUGAUGGAAGCCUUAACAAGAGAAGCCAACGAACAAGUCUUGAGCUCCUUGGUCGACCUUAUCACAACGUGGAGGAAAGUGGCAGUAAAGCUACUUAUCCCAAAUGCAGAUAGAGAGAUACGAAAACAACUUGGAGUCUGUUAA